AUGUCCAUGGUAUUUUUAGGUGUCCCUCGCACUAGCGAUCUGCUGCUGCUCCUGCUACUACUAACGUUACUUGGUCUUUCGCGUGAUUCUCUUCCUCUUUCUGCCUCCUUCCUUGAAUCCGCCGUCUCAUUCGCACCUCGAUUUUGCCGAAGCCGGUUACUUCUGCGUCAGUUUCGGUCUCAACAUCUCAGCUGUCUCUGGGUGGUGGAACGCCCUCCAUGUAGGCAAUCGAUCGACCCUCCUCCGGCCCUUUGCUCGUAUCGCUUUAAAAUCGACGAAGGUGCAGUCACUCCGCUGGAUCCCCCCGGUGCGAAUCAGUGCUUCUUAAGCAGUCCGACCUCACUCGCUCAUCUGUGCGACCGAAGCUUCCUGGAACCUAGAACGAGCUUAACUCUAUUAUCACUUUCCCGCUGGGUUCCGAGCUUUGUGCGCGGAGCCUGUCUGGGAACCAACCGGACGCAGCAAUCCCGUGUGACUGGUCCCCUUGGUCCCCUCAAGUACCGACGGAUCGAUCUAUACAACUAUAAUCGGAAGCCGUGA